AAAAUAAAGGAUUUCAAUAAUAGCAGUCAAGAUGAUGAUAACAAUCCUUGGGUUUCCCCCCAAAACAAAAUAUCAAGAUGUGAAGAUAUUAAUAAAACAAGAGUGCAAUAUUAAUGACUUUAUCCUUGACAAUCUUGUGAAUGAUAGCGCCGCCGUCGGUACCAAGAAAGUAAGAGUAGGCCUCACAGAUAAUUCCGAGGGCUACAAAGUAAUGAAAUGUCUCGAUGGGUAUCAGAUGCCCGGUAACUACGUAUUGAAAGCGAUACCUGUAGGAAAAGCUGCUACAACUUUACCACCACAGGGUGCCUUCGACACCCACAUGGGUUACCAGGACCAUUCUAGAAAUGAUUACACCACUGCACCCAGAAAUGACUAUGUUGGACAUAGUAACAACUACAAUAGCCAAAAUCCUCAUGGUAGUAGUAUGCACGGCUCAGCACCUCAUGUAGGUAGGCCAACUCAAGGCCCAGGUGGACAUUCAGGCCCAAUGGAUGUGAACCGUCCCUCACCAUGGGCCUCAGGAACCACCUCCAAUCAAUGGGGUGCAGGUCCACCAAUGGCAUCACAAGUACCGCAAAAUACUUUUGGAGGAUUUAAUUCUCCUCAAGGAAAUAUUAACAACCCCUAUGGACAACAGCAUCAUCAAAAUCCGGUACAGUCACGGUCUGAUGUCAGGCCAGGCUUCAACCAGCCUAGAACCCACACGGAACAGACCUACGGGGGAUACCCACCCAAGGCCAAUAUACCUGAAGUUCCUCCACGUCAAGAAGUUCGUCACGCUCUAAGAAGCAUUGAGACGGUGGAUACUGGUAGUGUUUCCCGGGCGCCCAUGCAUGGUCGUUAUCCUAGCCAGUCGUACCAGCAAGAGAAAUCGGUAACGAUUAUGAAGGACAACUUUCAAGGUCCGACACAGUACAAUAUCAGUAACCCUGGAGCACAGACCAGUUCCAGCGGACAACAGUAUCCAAUGAGUGCACCAUCAGCUUCACCCUGGCAAUCACAGGAGUACGAGAAGAGGCAUGGCCACUCCCCAAGGCGAGAAGUUAUUUCCCAUGGUGGAAGAUCUGUGGAAAGAAGACCAUCCCCGUCUGGUAGGAGAGUAUCACCACCCGCCAGAAGAAUCUCUCCCCAUGCCAGGAAAUUUUCACCCACCGGAAAGAGACCAUCCCCUGAUCGUCAUGUUUCGAGUCACCACACCGCCCCACACCACCCCCACCCAGGAAGGCGCGACUCCCCCCACAAAAGACCUUCUCCAAUGAGACGGCUGGUGUCACCAUCUCGAAGAACUUCUCCAGGACGCAGGCCGACACUCGGCAGACGAGAUUCUCCACAGAGGAUGAACAGGUACUCCCCGGACCGCCAUCAUUCCGACAAGCUGGAUAAGUUCGGACCGGAUAAGUUGAAACAAGUUCGGCCUGCUUACGAGCCUACCAGUCAUGCAUCAAACCAAGAUAUGUACUCAGGUGGUUACCGUUCCGACGCCCGCGAGAGCGUUCAGUAUCCAAUGCAGGGCGGGAGACAGGGCCAGCGAAUCUCACCGUGGCAAAGAGACGAACCUGUCGCUAUGAAGAAACAAGACGACGAGAGACGCGACAUUACAAGGAUGCAAAUGAGUAGAGACCGUAUUCCCGACGUGGCGGUGGAUCCAAAACACUCAAUUACUCCACAAAGGAAGUCCCGCUCACCGGUUCGACGAGAUAGAUCUCCGCUGAGAGACCGCUACAAGAGGCACUCUCCCUCGCCUCGCUCGUCUCACUCGCCGCGCCGAUCUUGGGCUCUCGAAAAGCGUAGCAGUCCCGAGAUACGCGACGCGCCUCCACCCCCGUCCUGGCCUGGGCAAAAAGGACGCGAGCCUGAUUCCUUCACCAGAACCACUCGUACUUUCCCUGAGAGAGAGCAAGCCGAGGGUCCCAAACAUGUUCCAGUAUGGCAGCGACCAUUCGGAAAAGACGAAGAUGUGCGAGAACGACGUCCUGACAACAGCGAGCGAAGACCAUUCAUCGAAGAUAAAGUUCGACCGACCAAGGAGGUGCCAGCGAGAGAACCAAUACCGCACCCCAGUCACAGUGAGCGCUUCGUACAAAGGGAAACGAAAUUCUCUCCACGAGACGAUUUUGAAGCAGACCGCCGUGAUGCUUAUCGUCGGCGAGAGCCUUCAAUUGAACGUAAACCUCAUCUUCAAAGGGAAGAUUACGAACAAUCUCGAAGACCGCGGGAGCAUGAGGAACGCAUGCACUCAGAUGAAUAUCAUCGCCGUAGAGAGCCGUCACCUCGCCAUGAUACUAGAAAAGCUGAUGCCGUUAAUCCAAAUAUCGAUAAAGAUUUUGAAGACAUCUACAAGAGAGCUUUGCAGUUCAAAAAGAAAGCAGAGGAAUUGCGUCGGUUGGGUUCUAAGAAAAGGGAUGAUUAUGCGGAGGAUGAAGCAAGGAGCUACCACAGUGAAAGAGAACGCGAAGAGAGAUCUCAGCGUUAUGAAGACCGACAUAGAUACCGGGAGGAAGAACACUUGCGACUUAGGGAACGGGAGGAGAGACCACGUGAUGAUAGGCCACGGGACGAUAGACUACGUGAUGACAGACCGCGGGAUGACAGACCGCGGGACGAUAGGCCGCGGGACGAUAGACCGCGGGAUGAUAGACCACGGGACGAUAGACCGCGGGAUGAUAGACCACGGGACGACAGGCUGCGAGACGAUAGGAUGAGAGAAGAUAGACCGCGCGACGAUCGACCUCGUGACGAUAGGUCUCGUUACGAUACACGCCCAGACGAUAUGCGGCGUCCAGAGUUCCGGCCUCGUGAGGAAUACUCAAAGCAACCUGAACGUGAACAAGAUCGCCGCUUCACCGUCAACCCUGCCAUCAGAAUGAAACGCGACAAAGCCAUAGAGGAGAUAUGCACCAAACUUCUAGACAGACAUGAGCACUAUCGCCCGGCUAAGGAGGAGCACAGGGCUCGAGUUAUGGAGGAGCUGCAGCUUGCCAUCGCACGGAUCGUAUUCGACAUGUUCGGCGACAAUGAUGUCUCCUUCAUAGAGAUCAUCAUCAAGUUCCAGGCUAAAUACACCUACAAGGACGAAGAGAAGUUAUUGCUGGACGUAAUGUCGUCGCUCCCCAGUCACUAUAGAGUUGCCAAGAGACAGGCGCCAGAAUCGACGGAGGUUCCUGCCAAAACCGCUCGCCCUGAUCCGAGCCCCAACUUAAAGUCAGAACCCGACGCAAGAACCAAAUUUAAACAAUCUAGAUGGAAUGUGGACAUGUUGCCUCCUGAACUGGUAACCAUGCCAAUGCUAGGCAUGCAGCCGGCAAUGGCGCCAGUCUUGCCCCAGGGUAUGGUGCCCGUGAUGGUGCCGGCGCCAUUUAUGCAUCCCUACAAACCUGUUUCACCUACUCCAGUAUUCGCUACCGGUCCCGAUAUGCUGCAGUACCAGGAACAGGUUCUCAGCUCUGACGACGACGGGCACAAGUUGUAUCUAUGCAAAGAUGAUUUUGAUAAAAUUUCAGCACACGAGGCGGACCUCCUGAAAGAGUUCCUCAUUUCUCAAAUGAUAAAGGAAACUGAAAUUUCGCAAGGCUGGGCCCCAGAUUUUACUCUUAAAGGCUUACAGAAUACAUAUCGGUACGAGAUACUGACUAAAGACGACAUUACCCGGGACUGGCUCGUCAACUUAGACUUCAACCAGUUCCAGCCUUUCCACGUGUUAGCGUACACCAAAGAAGAGCUGUGGUACCAGCGCGCCGCCAUAUGGCUCCCCGGCCACUCACGCAGCCGCAACAUCGAGCCGCUCGACAAGCUCAAGCUGCAGAACAAGAAGCUAGAGGGCGUCAACAUCCACACCUGGAAAGUUCGUCAAGAAGAUUGUCACGCAGAAGGGGACCCGGCUGUACGUAGAUAUGCCACCCGCAUCCGCGCGCGCGCUCGAGAAACACAAAAUGAUGCUCAGCUAUGAACUGCAGAAAGUGAACGUGUUUCUGAAGGUGGUCGCCGUCGAUAAGAAUGUUUUCGAUGAGGGUCUCAAGCAGCAAUCCACCGUUACCCCUUCUCAGAUCUCGGACGCCAUACAAAAUUCACCGAUGCCAUCCCUCUCGUUCGAUCUGUCACUUGUUAAAAUAACUCUCAAAGGUUGCAAAAGUCUAAGUCUCACGCAGGCACGUAAAAUAAAAGAAGUUUUAAUUUAUCAAAUGUUUCGCUAUCAUCAACAGGAUGGUAGUUCUAGGACAGACUUUAUUAAGUACGGUUUUUUCCCUCCGAACAGUUUCGGUGUAAUUCCACAGAAUCCGGAAACAAAAAAGUGGUUGUUGAGUCAGCAUUUAGGCAAGGUGAAUAAACAGACUAUCAUUGUACAGGGCGGUCAGGACGAAAAGACUCGGUAUUUCAGAAUGACAGCUACUGUACCCAACGAAAAUUACAUCGUUCCCGGAAUUGUGGCGGAGAGGAUCAAACAGAGUAAUCAGGGCGUAAAGGGAAUUAAUUUCAAUCUUUGGAAACCUAUUUGGGCUACGUCUGAAUGUAAGAAAGCUGUGUUUGAGGUAGACAUAGAUUUUGAAUCAUUAGAGACUCUGUCGAGCAUGAAGUAUCAGUUAGACUACGUGGACCAGUAUAACGUUACGCACUCUGUGUAUUUUAAAUCGGAGCAUACUGAAGCACAGCUGGAGGAGAUGAUCAAGCAAUACAAGGCAGAGAUGUCGGACAGUUACGAUGUAGCUAACAUGGACUUAGAAUCAGACUCUGGUGAUGACGUGAUUUGCUUAGAUUAAGAUCUUUAGGGUGUCAUUUUUAUUUAGUUUACAAAAUGUACCUACAAGUUUCUUUACGUUAAGGUAUGUAUAACUGUUUCUUUCAAAUAAAUGUCUCGCACAGAUUGUAUGUUUGUUUCCAAUCAUCAAAUGCUGAUGGUAUUUUUUUUCACGUUGUAUGGCAAAGCAUUUUAUUUGAUAAAAAAUCCAAGGUCUAUGUGAAUUUGAAAGCGAGUAAGUCCGCGUGUUUGCUAAUCCGGGAUUUUAGAACCUGAUAUAUCUCAGAGCAAAUUCCAACCGUUGCCGCUUUGACGGGAAAUUGCGAAAAAAAACCCUGUAUUAAUUGUAAUUAUCAUUUCCUUUUUUUCUAUAACAGAGUAAUUUCUAUCGUGUAUUUAAAUAUGUAAAAAGUAGAUGUUCCGCGUCAAAACUUCACAAAAAGGAUUCGGCUUCCCAGUUCCUCUCGCUUCGCACCAUGGCCUGUGUAGUGGAUGCUGUACACUAUUUGAGCUCCCUAUUAGCUCACGACCCAGUUCGUAAAUUCGUCAGAGGAAAGUUAAUCACAAAAGUAAGUCAGCCUAUUGCAGUAUAUUAAGAUGAAGGUUUUUUAUUUAAGAUAAUUAUUUCAUUUGUUUAAUAUUGUUGAUUAUUUUUAUAGACGUUUCGCAUUAUUGUGGAUUACGUAAGCGCAUUCCGGCCAGUCCACAAUUUCAGAGCACAGCCUGCUUUUGAAAACUUUGUCUUCGUUCUCCAAAAAUGCACGAAAAAAGGCCGGUGUUAAGUCCGAAGAAACAGAGACCUCUACAGACAGUCUUGAAAAGAAAGCCAGAGCAAUUACCAAAGCUUGAGCAGAAACCAAGCAGCAGUGAACCUAAAGUUGCCAGAGUGCCGGCAAAAAAUGUUCCCGAAACUUCAACCACGUCUGCCAAAAAAUCAGUAGAUGUGAAGAAGGUAGAGGAAGAAAAGAAACCUGCGCCCCUGCCUACUCCCGUGGAGACUCCAGUACAGAGCGCCGGCCACUACGAGUUGAACGACCGCAUGACCAACAUGGUGGAAACAGAACUCAGGAAUAUUAUGAUCAAGGUAUGGCAGGAACUUCCAGACAAUCCCAUGGAUGAAGCAGAGGCUCUAGUAGUUGACAAGCUGAGGAAUGCAGCCGGUGAUGAUCUGAGAAACGUUUUGGGCUUGAAUAUCACAAAAAGAUUGUUGAAUGUUCACAAUCCACUCUACGUUAAGGUCCAAUUCUCUGGAAAACCAGAAAAGCAGCAACUAGGUGAUUUCCUUAAGCGAUAUAACUUUAUCGCGUUCAAACGUAUUGAGAAGACGGUCAACAUGUUCGCAGCGCAAGUGAAGACCAUCAGCGACUUCGACAGAAUUUGUAGCGAUAAGGAUGUUAGAUGCGGUGGAGUAAAAGUGACAAUCAACCCAAUCUAUAAGUUUACCAAAUGUCCACCAAAUUUAAUUUCAAGUUUCUACAACGAAGAUGAUAAUGCCGGUGAUGAAGCUGAAGUGAACGAAAAGGAUGACAAAUCAGAGGUAAAAACUGAUAAAGGAAAACCUACACAAAGCAUUGCAAGUGAUCCUUCAAAGUUGAACAUAAAUAAGGAUGAGAAUAAUGAGAAUAUUAGUAAAGUUGACAAAACUGGUAAUAAAAGAGAUGGGAAUUCUGCUACCAGUAAGCCUGUAGCUACUAAGGUAGUUAAUGAGAAACCAGCUGUAAUAAAGCGGAUAGUGAAAACCCAGCUGAAAAUAAAGCAGCUAAUGAAAAACCAGUUAUUAAUAAAGCAGAUAGCGAAAAAUCUACUCAAAAAGCUGUUACAAAGGUACCAGUUGAAAAUAAACCAUCAGUAAAUAAUGACAAGGUUGCUAAUAAACCUACAGUGGUCAACACACCUGCUGAGAAAACGCAGACUGUUGAGGAUAAGACAGCAAACAAAACAGUGCCACCUGGUAAGAAUGUAGCUAAGCCCGUUGAAAGUCAGGAAAUAAAGAAACCAAAUACUAAUGCCAAUAAGGCAGGUAACAAACCCAUCUCCAAUACCAAUAACACAGGAAAGAAACAGAAUCCUGUGCCUCCAAAAGUCACAAAUAAAGUUGCUAAAAAACAUAAAACCAGUAAUGUUGAAAGUGAUAAUGAUGAAUUGGAUGACCAUGAUAUCUUUGCGCUUCUGUCCGAAGGUAUUGUACUAGAUGAAUGUAGUGGAUCCGACGAAGAAUAGUUAAUUAAGUACCAAUUUAAUUAUACUUGUUAUAUUUAGUUAUAGGAAAA